GUCCCUUCCUCCUUCGCUGGCCACUCCCUCUCCUGAGACUCUCACUCGCUCCCUCUCGCGCGCGCGGAAAGAGCGCACCUGAGAGCACUCGCUGAAAACCAGAGUCGCCCGCCGCUUUGAUCGCGCCUCACUCAGAUGAAGCUCGCGCAAUGGCGGUGAUCCCCACGAGGACGACGCUCCCCAGGCUCCUCCGCGCCCUCGCCGCCGGCGGCGAAUCUCGGCCGCCGUUCCCGAGGCGCGGGCAUGGUCGCGCGCCUCGGUCGGAGCCGGCGCGGAGCUCCUCCAGCUUGGCCGCCGCCGCCGCGGUCGCGCCCAGCGAGCCGGAGAUGGUCGGCUCCAGGGGCCUGGGGAUGGAGAUCUUCGGAGUGAAGGAGUACGAGGACUACCGGAGGUCCCUGUACGGCGGGAUCACUCACCGGGCUCUUCUGGUGGAUGCGGUCGGCACGCUCGUCGUUCCUUCUCAGCCUAUGGCUCAGAUAUAUAGGCAGAUAGGGGAGAAGUACGGGGUGGAGUACUCGGAGGAUGAGAUACUGAAUAGAUAUAGAAAGGCUUACGAGCAGCCUUGGGGUAGAUCUCGUCUGAGAUAUGUCAAUGAUGGCAGACCCUUCUGGCAAUAUAUUGUUAGUUCUUCCACUGGCUGCUCUGAUUCUCAGUACUUUGAGGAGCUUUACAAUUACUAUAUGACUGAUAAGGCUUGGCACCUAUGUGAUCCUAACGCCGAGAAAGUCUUUGAAGCUCUGAGAAAAGCUGGGGUAAAAUUGGCUGUUGUAUCAAAUUUUGACACUCGUUUGAGACCUGUUUUGCGGGCUUUGAAUUGUGAUCAUUGGUUUGAUGCUAUGGCCGUUUCCGCUGAAGUUGAAGCAGAGAAACCAAAUCCAACAAUAUUUCUGAAAGCAUGUGAGUUGUUGGGGGUAACCCCAGAAGAUGCAGUCCAUGUAGGGGACGAUCGUAGAAAUGACAUAUGGGGUGCCAGAGAUGCUGGCUGUUAUGCUUGGCUCUGGGGAAUCGAUGUUCAUUCCUUUAAGGAGGUUGCUCACAGGAUAGGGGUGAAGGUUUGAAGUUCUCUCGUCAAGCAACUUAGGAGCAGAGCUUUUAUUUUAUUUUUUCAGUUUCCUGUGGCUUUCUUUUGUACAGUUCUAAUUUCUAAACGCCAUGUUACUUCCAGUCGGCUUCAUUCUGCGGACAGAGUCAUGUAAGAGACUGUGAAUGUAGAGGAAAAGAGAAGCUUAAUAUGGUUGUGGUGUUUUAAGUCCGAACCUGGUACGAUGCUUGGUGAAAGCGACUGGAAAAUACUCUCUUCCACCUUC